AUGAACAGAGAAGUGAUGUCUGCCAAAGACACCGAUGAUUCACCACAUGGAAGGGUUGAAGACCGUUUUGCUUCAAUAUCUCGGCAACUCGAGAAUCUAAAGACGGACGUGGCUCAAAUCAGCCAACAAGUUGCUAUAGCUGGCUAUGAGAUUAAACGUCUCGAUCGUCAGUUCAACUCAGUACUUCUCACCAGCAAUGAGAGACUUCAAGAUCAGACUGAAAUGGAUAGACGAAGUCUGAUAAACAACAAGAGAGUCAUGGACAAAACUAUCGCCAAGAUCAAUAAUGUCAUUCUACUCUCGAACCAACUGGUAGACACCACCACUAAACACUUCGCGGAAUCUUACUAUAUCGGCUUAAUACAUUUCUUGGCGAUGGAGCUUAAUGAUCAGAAACGACCCCUUGAUGAUACAACAGGAGGAAGAACAGGUAGCCUCAUCAGAUCAACAAGCUUCCUGUAUGAAAGUAUCGGAAUUUACAAGGACCAAGCUUCUCCAAGGUCGACAAGCCAAAAGCAACUCGUUGAAAACGGAAGAAUCAAGAAGAUCAUAGCUCUCAAUCCGGCUGCUCGAGAAUUGUUCACAGAAGAUUCCCUCGAUCAAAUGUGUACAUUCGAUACACGAGAGUGCCAUUCUGCGGCGCAGCAUUUCAACUCGAUGGAAAUAUUGGAUUUUUUGCUCAAGGUUCAAAGAAAUGGAUUAAACCAUAACUCACAAGCCGGCUUUCACGAAUCUCAGAGGCGAGGAGAUAGAAUGAAGAUCCUCCUAGCCGUUUUAGGACCUGUUAGGUCCACGCACGAACUCUGUCAGCUGAUUAUGUCAUCGUUGAACGGUUCAUCAAUGCAAGAAGAAUACGCUCAGGAUCAACUACCAAAAGAAGUCGAUGAGCAUUAG